CUCCGCCUGCGGUUCACGACUUAUAAAUCUAUCGCUGGAAUUGCUUCCUUGUCAAAUAAAGAAGAUGUUUAGAAGGUGUUUUCUGUUUGUUACAUUAUUUGUUGUUUCUCCAUUUCUGCAAGAUGCUGCCUGUUUCUUUUUACGAAAAUUGAACGGCUACAAUAGACUGAAACCUCACUGUGUCAACGAUACAGGUGUAAUACAUUCAGAAGACAAUUGGGGGAAUUCGUCAUUUUUGGAACUCGCUCAAGACAGUUGUCUGGAUCCAUCAGCUCAGUUUCGGUUCCGAGAUAAUGGCGCCAUGUUGAAUAUAGAAAGACAAGGCUGUCUUGCUGGUGGUACUUUGUCUGGUUCUUGUUAUGAUCUUGAUUUGUUAUAUCUAGACACAGCUGCAUGUGCUGAGAAGCGAGGUAUCCAUCGUGCUAUAAACCAGACACCCAAGGGAACAUUGUCUAUUUUGUAUAAACGUGGGGAAAAUAGUACAUUUGAAGCCUUGUGUGCAACGUAUAAAAAAAACUACCAGCUUAAGAAAGAUUAUGGAAUACAUCACUACCUGGGACUGAUUUCAGAAUGUGACCAUAGGAGACAAAGAUUUGUUUUCGGUACAGUGACGUGCUAUGGUGAUAUGGUGAAGAAUGCCAACUGUCCUAAAAAUCAAUACAUGGUGGUCAAGAUUGCCUCGUUCCGUGGAUUACUCGCAACAAAGCCUUGUGGUUUCAGUUUAACUGAUUAUAGUUGUGAACUUGAUGUUACAUGUCUUGUAAAGAAGCAAUGCGAUGGUCUUCAUGAAUGUAGAAUCCGUGUGAAUGACACCUUGUUCUCGGCAGACAGAUGUCCUGGAUUGAAAACAUACCUUUACUUUGAAUAUCAAUGCGUGGAUACUGUGAAAACGUACAGAGCACCUUGCGUUCACGAUUUGUCUCUGUCAUAUUCGUCCUUGAGAACCGAAGGUGUCACACAAAUAACCACUGAUAGUGGGGUAAUGAAUAUUUGUCGGCAAAGUUUAAGAAACGACCAGGCAAGGAAUAUUGUGUGUCGUCAGCUUGGGUACAGCAAUGCUCGCUCAAUACUGAAUGUGUCCAUUCCAAUGAAUCCCAAAGAUGUUGUUUUCUCUGGAAGUAUAACAUGUACUGGUGAUGAGAAAUACUUAUCGCAGUGUUCAAUUAUUGAUGGCACACAAAGUUGCUCCGAACUAUCUUACAUCGAAUGUUAUUAUCGUUUUUAUGGCACUCUCCAUAAAGUGAUUUUGGUCGAAAAACAAAAGUUUCCCGAUUCUUCAUUUUCCGCUACAGCUUCUAUGAAAGGUCACACUGCUUCGGAUGCAAGGAUAUCUAGUGGUGGUUCUUGGUGUGCUCCUGUAUCGGGCGGCAGACAUUAUCUUCAAGUGGACUUAAGAACACUUUAUCGAAUCUAUUAUUUUGUAACAUAUGGUGACCGAACCAGUCCCAAGUGGAUCAUUACAUAUAAAUUGAAUUACACAACGGAUUUAGUAAAGUGGAAAAUGAUCUCCAGGAUAUUUCAAGGAAACAAGAAUGCUUACGGUCAUUCAGCUUGGCAGCAUCUUGUACGUCUGCAUGUUGUAACAAGAGCUUUACGAUUUAUUCCAAUAAUGUAUGCAGGUCAACCAUGCGUCAGAAUUGACUUCAUUGGCUAUGCUGUGUUGCCAGGCACACCUAGAAACCUCACACUAACUGACAUCACGUCCAGAUCUGCUGAUGUGUCCUGGUUGGAAUCCGAACAUCCAGCCCAUACCUUAAGAAUACGAUAUCUUAUUAAAGUGAUAACGGAUAACUCUGUCAUUCUGAACGUUACCACAGACAGAAAUGUCUAUCGUUACAAAAUUGACCAUCUUACACCGUACACAGUAUAUGAAAUAUCUAUAUCCGCUCGAAAUUAUUAUGGUUUUGGAGUUGCUGCUAGUACGUCAUUCUUAACAUCUGAAGAAGACGCGAAUGAAGAUGAGAUCAAUGAUGUUUCAAAAACGUAUCUAAUUGGAAUGAUAAUUGCCAUAACCCUCCUGAUUGCUUCUUUUGUCAUCAUCUUUUGUUUGGUUCGUCAAAUUCGGCGGCUCAAAUCAUUAAAUCCUAACAUGCAGAUAGUGAACAUGAACAUUAGAAGGAAAAAUUCGUCAAAUAUCUAUGACAUACCCGAGGAAGGUAAUGUCUGUGAGGAGAAGAACAAGGAAAAUGGAGAAGGGAAUUACACAGAACUCCAAAGGAGAGAUCAUGAAGGUCAUUUUUACAUGAAGUACAACGCAACUGGAUAAAUAUGCAUGACCCUUCAAUGCAAAAAAAUUAAAAGUUUUCCCUAAUGUAAACAAGAAAAUACAAUUUGCUCCCUGAAAGAUUAGAAUGGUGUUUCUGUAGCGAUAUUGUUACUUUAGCAGUGUAGCUACAUGUGAAAGGCAUUAUAAAUCUUAAUAUUUCAAAAAAUCUUAAUUAUAAUGUAACUAUUUUUACAUAAUAUGCAGUGCUUUA